GGACAAUAUUAAUAUUAAUCGAGAACGUAACCAGUAAGAGAGAUGAAUGUUACGACAAUAGUCGGUGCCGCUAUAAAAGCAGCGACCGUCCUACUCGGCGUCAGCAUUGGGAAGAUUACUAUAAUCCCAGUACUGAUCGUCGCACUCAUGUACUUCAAUUAUGAUCUCAUGGACCCGGAAAAUCAUCCGCAUGUAAGGAAGGAGUUAAAUAAAAGCUAUGAUUUUAUUGUAAUCGGCGGCGGUUCGGCCGGUAGCGUACUCGUCAACAGAUUAACCGAAAAUCCCGAAUGGAACGUGCUGUUAUUGGAAGCCGGAGGUCAUGAAACGGAGAUAACCGACGUGCCAAUAUUAUCUCUGUAUUUACACAAAAGUAAAAUCGAUUGGAAAUAUCGCACACAACCACAGAAUACAGCCUGCCAAGUUAUGGUCGAUCGUCGAUGUUCUUGGACUAGAGGCAAGGUUCUUGGAGGCUCCAGUGUUUUAAAUACGAUGCUUUACAUUCGCGGAAAUCGACAUGAUUAUGAUCAAUGGCGAAGUUUCGGAAAUCCUGGUUGGGGAUACGAAGACGUGCUACCGUUUUUUCACAAAUCUCAAGAUCAAAGAAAUCCAUAUCUGGCACGUAAUACAAGAUAUCAUAGUACAGGGGGAUAUCUAACCGUGCAAGACAGCCCUUAUGUUACUCCAUUGGGUGUAGCGUUUCUUCAGGCUGGCGAAGAGAUGGGUUAUGAUAUUUGCGACGUCAAUGGCGAACAGCAAACUGGUUUCGCCUUUUUUCAGUUUACAAUGCGACGAGGUGCUAGAUGCAGCACCGCCAAGGCAUUUGUGCGACCCAUUCAGCUGAGAAAGAAUUUCCAUCUUUCUUUGUGGAGUCAUGUGACUCGAAUACUGAUAGAUCCGCAGAGCAAAAAAGCGUACGGAGUAGAAUUUAUUAGAGAGGGUCGUAAGGAGACGGUGUUUGCCAAAAAAGAAGUUAUCCUCUCCGCCGGUGCUAUCAAUAGUCCGCAAUUAUUAAUGCUCUCAGGAAUAGGGCCACGUUCCCAUCUAGAGCAAUUAGGAAUCCCCGUAAUUCAAGACUCACCCGGGGUCGGACAGAAUCUGCAGGACCACAUAGCAGUUGGCGGUCUCGUUUUCCCGAUCGACUAUAAGAUCAGCAUCGUAAUGAAUCGAAUGGUGAACGUCAAUUCUGCAUUGAAAUACGCUAUCACCGAGGACGGUCCGUUGACGUCCAGCAUCGGCCUCGAGGCGGUCGGCUUUAUUGCUACCAAAUAUGCCAAUCAGACCGACUGGCCCGAUAUCGAAUUCAUGUUAACGUCCUCGGGAGUCAACUCUGAUGGUGGCAGCCAUGUAAAGAAUGCUCAUGGUUUAACCGACGAAUUCUACAACGAAGUGUUUAAUGAACUCAAUAAUCGCGACGUUUUCGGAGUGUUUCCGAUGAUAUUAAGGCCUAAAUCGCGCGGAUAUAUCAGGCUGAAAUCUAAAAAUCCCUUGGAUUACCCGCUGCUUUAUCAUAAUUAUCUCACUCAUCCAGAAGAUGUAGCAAUACUUCGCGAAGGUGUUAAAGCGGCCGUUGCCUUCGGCGAAAUGAGUAGCAUGAGAAGAUUCGGUUCUAAAUUUCAUAGUAAACAAUUACCCAAUUGCAAGCACAUUCCACUCUAUACCGACGAAUACUGGACAUGUAUUUUACGAAUGUAUACUAUGACUAUAUAUCAUAUGAGCUGUACUGCUAAGAUGGGCCCGUCUAGCGAUCCCAUGGCGGUUGUGGAUCCGGAACUGAGAGUCUAUGGUAUCGAGGGCCUGCGAGUUAUCGAUGCGUCAAUUAUGCCGACUAUUACUAGUGGCAACAUAAAUGCGCCUGUCAUUAUGAUCGGUGAGAAGGGCGCCGAUAUGAUAAAGACAAUGUGGAUGCGAUUUCGCUUUAAGAGGGACAAUGUCACUGUUGCUACUUCUUGACGUUAGUCAAUUGAGUAAUAUUUCGUAACGUAAUACAUAUGUAUAGAUGUAUGAUUGAUCGAAAAGUUAAAUCAAAUAGUUUUAGUAAUUGUAUGUAUAAUUUUAAGAAAAAAAACUAGUUUCAGGUUUAAAAUAAGAGUAUAAUUUAAGAGAAAAAUAUUUGUACUUACUCAUAUUUGAGUGUGUAUAACAAAGUUUAGUAGUUCUGACACAAUUACAAAGAAAGGUGUUGAAGUAGGAUCCAAAUUUGCCUAUAAUGGAAAUGUAUGAAAUCGAUAUAUCUUUAUAUUGUUGAACUUGCUGAACUCGAAUAUAAAGUUUAAAAUUGUCCAAAAUCCGGGGAACUUUGCGAAAAUGAAAUUUUUAACGAUACUUUCGAUAAUUGUUAAGAACUAUUUGUUAAUUCAUAAAUCGAAGAAAGUUUUUUAUACACAUAUAUUUUACUAAUCUAUAUUAUCAAACACAAGAGAUAUAUAAAAUUGUUUUAUUUCAAUAUAUAUUGUGAGAA